UACUGAAAGACUGAAACACGAAAAACGUGGAAUCUCGGUGGGUGCAGCAAUCGGACUAAGCAAGCGGGAAAGGAGGCAUUGCGAGAUGGUCCGGCGAAUGACGUUCUGGGAAGAUAGGCCUCGCGGGAUCCGACCACCAAGGGCAUUGGGAGAUAGGGUCGAAAUAAGCCUGCCAUCAAGGAACGUGGUGAGUAACUCGGUAAUGGACUGGGUGGGGGUAGAAUUGGUGGAAGACACGGUGUACCUAGUAAUAGAACUGGAGUGGCGUACGAGAGGGGAAUUCGGGGGCGUAAAUUUGGACCUCCCAAGGCGAGUGCAUGCGACGGGAUCCUUACACCUGUUGGAAGAAGGGUGGCGGACCUUUGGGAUUGCCUUGGCCUCCGGGGAUGACCCCGUGCGAAUGUUCGAAGGGGCAUGGCAAAUAACCUGGCGGGAGGGGUUUGAGUUUGCAGAUCCAGAACGAGAUGACGUGACGGCUGAGGUAAAAGUCGCCGCGGCAGGGGUUUUUGAGCUGCCAAAUGAGGUCAUAUGGAUGAGUCUACCACCCUUCCUGCUAAGACGAAUGGGAGGCAUAAAACGAGUGGAGCAGGCGGUGACUGUCGUAACUAGGCUAGAUUUUGACGAAGCAUUAAUGUAUCGAGAAUACUAUCGGGCCUUCCUAGAGAUGGGGCCUUUCGGGGACGAACAGGGGCGCGAGGUGCUUUGCAUUCUACGAGCAGUGGUAAAUACUAGGUCGGGAGUCCCACAAAUAAGUGAUGAGACCAUGUGGAGAGUCAUCCGGCGAGAGGCAAGUAUGGCAACGGAGGAUGAGACAGGUAAUCAUGAAAGCGAGGGAGGACCAGGCUUAGGAGGCAUUGCUGAGCAAAGCAAGGAAGGGCAGAAAGACAGGGAAUCAACAAAUCCGGAUGGCACCAAAGGGAACCGGAAUGAAAUGUCCUCGGGAGAGAGCUCAGGAAAAGCCGGGGGAAGCAGACAGGGGACCCAGGAAAACAAGGAGGGUAGGAAUAAGGAUAGUGCGAGCCCCGGGAACUCGGAAGGAGCUUUGUCUAAGAAAGUAAGGGUCACAGAUGCGAGGCACAAAUUAGCAGAGAUGGAGAAAAGGACCGCGGAAUAUAAGGCAAGGUUAAUUGAGGAAAUGAUGAUUGGGAACGAGGAAGGCCCUCUGCAGGAGGUACCGCAGGAUGAACGGAAAACCAGCCGGGGCGGAACUGGGCAAGGGGACAAGGGUAGUGACCGUGGGGGAACGCCGAGCAAAAGAAGGAAAGAGAGAAAGAACUCUCCAGGAAUGGAGGCAGAGAAGGCGAUGAACCCCUUAGCCAUAGACUGUAGGGCUAGCCGUCUGCCGGCCUCACCAGCGGUAUCGCGAGGAUGCGAAGGGCUCUGGAGCCUCAGAGAAAGGGUGUUGGGAUGGUUCGACCCGAAAGGAACGGCAAAGACUAGAGGGGGGCAGAAAGCCAGCAAGGAAGGGCCAGAUACCAGCAUGGUAGGCGAGGCCAGUAGCUCCGAAGGCGGCCUUAGGAAGAUAGUAUCAUCCCUUGCACGAGCACUGAACAAGAACCAAGGCUAUCUGGCAGACGCCAAGAAAAAUCUGACUUUCGAUGGAGCAAACAUCACGGAGUUCCUGAUCGACUACGAGAACUUAGCUGCGUUACUAAAGUGGACCGAGGAGGAAAAGAUGGACCAUCUAGGACAGCAUGUGUCGUUAAGCCUAGGACGAGACAUAAUGGCCAUUGUAGCCGCAAGCCGGUCUUGGAAGGAGACCCGGGAUGUGAUGAUGAGGAAGUACCUAGCGGCAGAGAAAAUGGCAACGGAGGCCGACCUAGCGGCAGUUCAGAGAAAGAACUUCGCAACGUACAAUGAUUUCCUACGGGAAUUUACUCUAGUAGCACUAAGGAUCCCCGGGGUCACAGACCGGAUAAUGAGCAAAUGUUUCCUCAGGCAGUUCUCCGAGUUCGACAAAGACAAGAUCCUGCAAGCUUACCAACAGACGAGCAAGUUCGUAAACACGCGGGAUGUUGAUUUUAGCACGGUAACGGAUCUAGCUGAGAAAACGGUAGUAACAGAAACGUUGGCCUUGCUCAAGGAAGGGGAGAUCAUAGACUUGACCAGUAGGACGGGCGACAGGGCAGAGCCUGAGGCCGAGGAACUGGAAAAGGUCUAUGGGAAACCUAGGGAAGAUGAGCCUACAGACAAAGUUACCGCUGCCAAGAAGAAGUUUAGGUACCAAAUCUCGAUCUUAUCCAUGUAUGAGAUCGACGACACCCUUGGCAAGCUGCUAGGAACCAUGGUGUCGGUGUCGUUUCAGACGAUGUUGCAGGCCAACCCUAGGUUGCUUAAAGGGCUUAGGCAACUGUUGACUCGGCGACGGGUAGAGACAGACGAAAACCCCGAAUUACCAGAAGAAGAAAGGGAGGAGGAACCUCUACAAGAAGUCGCUAACCUCCAAAGGAGUCGUGGGGAUCUGGAAGACCUCGAGAAGGCUUUUGCAGACAUCCGCCUAAGCCUACCAGACAGGGAAGGUGGCGAGGUCAUGAGGGCACCUCCUAGGACAAAGCUCAAUUUUCAUGCGCUACCCGUAGGAAAACUGAAGGUUCAGAUUCGGACUUAUCAUACCGACGCGUUGGUAGACGGGGGAGCGGAAAUCACUCUCAUAAGGAAAGAUUUCGCAACAGUCACGGGUUGCACGGUAAAUAAGGAAGUAACAGGGAGCAUCCGGGGAGCCGGUGGGGAAAUCCCGUUCGCUGGGUAUGUCACGAAAUGCGCAGUCAAAGCAGGAGUCAGGGAGUCAAUCUGGUCAUUUCAACGGAUGACCGUAAUGGAGGAAAUGGACCACGAUAUAAUCCUCGGGGGGCCAUGGUGCGCGAACGUGGAAAUGAUAGGCAUGCACUUGCACGACGACACGUACAUGGUAGACAUAGAGGACCCAGUGACCGGUCGGGGAACGCUCCUCCGACUUCUGGGGACAGGAGGGGACCCUCCAAAGGGAAAGAUGGCCACAUGGUCACCUUCGUUCGAAGAUAGCGCACGAAAAGGGGCUUUCGCACGGAUGGAAGGGGGGGAAGUGACAGACCUCCAUCGAGCAAAGAUGGACUCCUUCGUCGCGGAACCUACGGCGUCGCCAUAUGCAAACCGGUGGUUCGUCUUUCGAAAGCCCAAUAAGACGUUAAGGUGGAUUCAGGAUCUGCAGAAGCUGAAUGCAGUGACCAUCUGGGAUGCUGGCUCGCUACCCCAGGCCGAUCUAUUGGCGGAAUCGCACGUCGGACGAAGCAUUUACUUCCUAAUAGAUCUGUACUCGGGAUAUGACCAGCUUCCAUUGGAUGUCCGGGACAGGCCGUACACCGCAAUGCACACCCCGGUAGGCCAGUUGCAAAUGCAGGUGACCCCUAUGGGCUUUACAAACGCGGUAGCCGAAGCGCAACGAAGAAUGCUAGCCGUAGCCGGGGACAUGUUCCCAGAAAAGUGUGAACCCUAUAUCGACGACAAUCCGAUCAAAGGCGCGCAGGAGAAGGACGAGACAGAAGUCCAACCAGGAAUCCGAAAGUUUGUAUUGGACCAUCUACAAGACAUCAAGGACUUGCUCCGCCGGUUCCUAGUAUACAACAUCACGGCUAGUGGACCAAAGAGUAUUCUAGUAGUACAAGAAGUAACCAUACUAGGAUUUCGCUGCGGUGCUUACGGUAGGAAGCCAGAUCCGGCGAAAACGGACAAGAUAUCGCAGUGGCCAACCCCCCUGCCCACUACAACGGAGGUGAGAGCAUUCCUAGGCGUGGUCGGUUUCUGGAGGAUCUUUAUUAAGAAUUUUGCCAAGAUUGCGGAGCCUAUCCGGGCUAUGAUCAGAGAGGAAGGGACCAUGGAAUGGACGGAGGAGCGAGAGGGAGCCGUCCAGACUCUCAAGGACAUUCUGACGUUAGAGCAGGUCGCUUUGCCGGCGCCCUGCGUUAAUGAUGAGGUAGGACGACCAUUCAUCCUGGAAACAGAUGGAGGGCCCUUGGCCGUAGGAGACGUACUGAUUCAAAGGGACGAGGGAGGAAAAGAGAGGCCAAUUAGGAGGGACUCUUGUGGUGGACAACGAAAUGAUGGGCGAGGGGUGCGCAUCUGGGGAACAAUAGUAGGACCAAAGGAAGCAGUAGUAGCAGAACUUAGAGAAGGACCCGUCACCACUCGAGGUCGUAAAGAGGAAAGGGAUUCGUGGGGAACAAUAGUAGGACCAAAGGAAGAACUCAUAGCAAUGACGGUUGAAGGGGGUCGGGAAGCCGUAAUGAGCGUAGUGGAAUCGUGGGAAAGGAAAGAGUUGCAAUGGUUGGUAAACCAGAUGCAGGAGAAAAAGGAGGUGGAUCGGGAAGGAAAGGAGUUUUUCUAUGUCCAAUCAUACGAAGGGCUCUUUCGGGAGAUCGGAUUGUUGCUAGUAGGAAACAAACAACCCUUGGAAGUCGGCAUUAAAGCAAGCGAGGAAGCCGGGAGGUACGUCCUAAGGGGGGGCCACCUGUUCCGAAGGGAAGAAGGGACUAUGCCUAGAAGAGUCGUGUGCGGUAGAUCUAGGCAGUUGGAUGUUAUCCAGGCAAUGCACGACGGCUUGGCGGGGGGACAUCGAUCAUCAAAAGGGACUCUUGCGAAGAUAGCACCACUCUAUUAUUGGCCAGGCAUGAUAGGCAUGGUCGCCACGUACUGCCAGACAUGCCUCAUUUGCCAGGAAAGAAGCUCGACGCGUGUCUUUGAGCCACUUAGACCAACACGGGUGCUAGGACCGGGACAUCUGGUCGACGUGGACCUUGCGGUCAUGCCUGUGUCAACCGAUGGGUACAGGUAUAUUCUAGAUGCGCGAGACAACUUGAGUGGGUUCGUGGAGGCGGUCGCCCUCAAGAAAAAGACCGGGAGAAGUGUGGCCGACUGGAUAGAAGACUUCUAUUUGAGGCAUCCUUUUGCCAGGAGGUUUAUAGCGGACAAUGGGACAAAAUUUGUGAAUCAAGAAGUAUUGGGAAUGCUUAAGAGACUUUGCGUGCCGAUCAAACUCAUCGAGCCAUAUCACCCAGAGGCUAAUGCACCGGUGGAAAGAGGGCACCGAACCCUAAAGAACACGAUCGCAAAGCUUGCGGCGGACCAUCUGGGAAGCUGGCCCAGGUACCUCAAGCAGGCGGUUUUCUCAGAGAACAUGACACCUAAAAGGACAACGGGAUGUAUCCCAGCGGAACUAUGGUACGAAAGAGAGAUCGAUUUUCCCGUUGAAGCCUUGAUACCUACCUGGAACAGGUUAGAUGAUGAUCCGCGAAUGACUACGGAAGAGUUAAUCGAGGCAAGGUGUCAAGAGGUCCUUAAGAACGAAGAAGUCAUGGAAGACAUCGCCAACCGGGUGCUAGACAGCAGAAUGAGAGACAAAGCAAGGUGGGACCAGGUUAAGAACGUCAGAAAGGAGCCACUUCAGGUGGGGGAAAUGGUAUUGCUAAGAAACUUGGCACUAGAGAGUACAUGGUCUGGGCAGUUGGGGAAGAGGUUCAAAGGCCCCUACCGGGUCGUCAAGCGGGUGGGACUGAACACCUUCGCACUAGAAGACCUGGAUGGAACUGGACUGAAAGGACCCUUCCCAGGGCAAUGGUUGAUCAGGUUUCUGAGUCGGUACCCGGUGGAACAAUGGCUCCAGAAGGCCGAGGAUAAGGAAACUGAGGAACAACAGGGUCUAAAAGAAAGAAAAAUGGAAUUCGGCAACGAGAACGACAGCGAGGCGAUCAACAGGCCUGCCGGAGGGGAAGAAGCGGGACCAAGCCAAGAGAGGAGAACUGCGAAGAGAAAGCUGUACAUAGGGCUCAUGGGUGGACCGGUGGUAGGCAGAGGUGGAAGGAAAUGCUUGUGUAGGAAACCCUCACCCCUCCGCAAGGGAAAAGGUAUAGAAAUCUCGUCUGACAGUGAGGGAGGGAAGGAAAAGGCAGAAGUGGAAGAAGGACGCAAUGCAGAUAUGGGAGAUAAGGUUCAUGUCUCUAUCGAGAAAGGAGCCAACAGGGGCAAACGACGUGAGACUUGGCAUGCGGAAAGCGAGGGGGGACAAGACAUGCGCAACGAGCAAGAGGACGAGGAUGAAAAAAGGGAAAGCCCGCUUGAAGGACGAAGCGGCCACGACAGUUGUGAGGGGUACGAGACAGGGACAGAGAUUCCUUUUACCUACGAUCCGAAGAACCUAGCGGGUGGGUACAGCCCCAUACAGACAGAAGACGAGGAGGACGAGGAGGAGGAUGUACAAGAGGUCAUAGAAAUCAGCAGCGGGGAUGAGAGGGAUGAGAUCUCAAGGCCCAGUGAAGAAGGGCGGCCUCCGAUGCACCAGCCGGGUGACGGGGCUUUCAGAUGGGAGGACGAGUUUGGGCCAACACCCAGUCAUUUGUUUCAGCAAUGGACCAAUGUGAUCAGGCACGAAUGGAUUAUGAAGACCCGGGAACUGGCAAAGGCAGGAGUGGAAGUUACGCCGCUGGACUUCUUCAGUGAAAUUAAACUACAGGGAAUUGCAAGAAAGAAGAGAAAAAUCGAGACCUACGGCCUGGGGGUUAGGAAGCCUGCCGAGGAACAGGGUGGACAAGGAACUGGGCAAGACGAGGCGCAAGACAGCAAUUGGAACUAGGUGUUGACUUAGCAUUGAAAAGGAUC